GAGUCUGACCCUGAAACGACCCCGGCUCGACUCCAAAGCAGCGGCGCACGUGCCGAUCGCCUCGCACGGGCGGGCGGAGGAGGGCCGGCAAAGCUAGCCAGCCAGCCGCCGCCGAGUUGUUGGGAAGGUAGCCACUAAUACGAAGCCUCUUGCUUCCGGUUUCCCACCACCUCCCCCAUUCCAUUCCCUUCCCUUGGGCAAGGGUUGGGUUGGCGGCACGCCCCGAAUCCGGGGCCGAGGGAACACAAGCCGGGGAAGGAAGGAAGGAAGGCGCGCAGCCCCCCUUCCCCUUGCGUGCUCCCGCGGCCGCCUCUUCCUCUCCGAUCCGCCACCGCUCGGUUUCGAGCCACUGAGGUCCCGUGAUCCAUCGAGAUCAGAUGGAAAUUUCCUGUUGAUAAACUCCCCGGCUUGGUUUGAAGACUCCUGGAGUAACAUUUUAACACGUGGUUUCACUAUGAAACCUGAUUGGUCAAUUUUCUCCAAGCUUGAUCAUAAUGGAGGAUACCUGCCCAAGUUCCAGAUAGAUUCUCCAAUAUCCCAUGAUAUGGGGUUAGGGUUGAUAUCACAAGUGGGAACAUUAGUUGAGAGUUCCUUUCAGCAUCCAAGACAUCUAUGUUCUACAGGAAGUGGUGCAGUUCAGGAAGCAUUCAGCUGCUUCCACAAAGUUGCUGGAGCUCUCUAUUUCUGUCUUUCUAGAGCAUCAAAUCCCAAGAUUUUCCAUAGGUUGUCUGCUAUUGCUGGCUCUGGUUCAAGAGCCUGUCGGUCACAGAUAAAACAAGUGACCUCUUGCAUGCAGCAUUUGGCUGGAUUGCAGUUUGGUUCUCAAGGAAGAGAAGAGCAUGCUAUACAGAUGCUUUUAGCCAGGCUUGCAAAUGCAACGGUUGGGCGACUGUGGAAUGAGGCGGAGGAACGCCAUGCCUGUAACAUUCUUAUGUUAGCUGCUGCUACUGUAAUACCACCAUUUGAAAACAUAUCGCCAAAGAUGCUCAUAGAUUCAAUGACUUUGGGAAAAGAUGGUGGCCAAAUCAGAGAACAAGUAGAUCAGCUUUAUUUGGACGAAAGGCGCCCAGGUUGUGCUUGUGUUGCUGUGCCAAGAACAAUAUUGGCAGAAGAUGCAACAGAACCAAAAACUGGAAUCAAGUUCCCUACUCUUCUUGAGGACAAUUCCAAUCCAACUGCAGAGGUGCUUGUAGGGAUGGGUUUUAGAAGCAUGAAGAUAAUGAGGGUCAAAAAUCUUAAUCUCUAUGCCUUUGGUCUAUAUAUACAGCCAGAUUCUAUUUGCAAUAAGCUGGGUCCGAAGUAUGCUUCUGUUCCGGUUGCUGAGCUGAAGGAUCACCCUGAUUUCUAUGAAGAUCUUCUGAGGGAAAAUAUUCACAUGACAGUCAGGCUAGUUGUUAGCUACAAUGGCCUUAGCAUUGGCGCAGUGAGAGAUGCAUUUGAGAAGUCUCUUUGCUUCCGGCUGCAAAAGAUGAAUCCUCAUACUGAUUAUCAUUGCUUGAAGACAUUUGGCUCUUACUUCAGCGAAGACAUCCGAAUACCUGUGGGUACGAAGAUCGACUUCCGUCAAACCUCUGAUGGCCAGCUUAUAACUGAAAUUGAUGGCAAACAAAUUGGUGCUGUCCAGAGCAGAGAUCUUUGCAGGGCUUUCUUCGAUAUGUAUAUUGGUGACCCGCCGGUUUCAGUGGAGACCAAACAAGACAUUGCUCAGAAUGUGGGUGGACUCAUCAGGAGAUGCUAGGAUAAAGCAUAAUUAUAUGGCUGCCGUCGGAAUUAUUUCAUUUUUCUAUACAAAGGGGGAAGAGCAUAUAGGGACAGGAACCAGGAGAGGAUCAGUUGUAUGUAUAGUAAUAGAUCUGUAACUUGUAAACUAAACAGGCAAAAUUUGCGACUUACACGGAGGCUUGGUAUCUUUCUCCUGAGCAAAUUCCUCCAUGCUUUUCAUAUGGAUUGGCCUUCAGCUCUAUUACCUGGCGAUUGUAUCAUGUACAAUGAUUCGGUUAGAAGUGUUAACAGUGAAUGUGUGUCGCUCCCGCAUCUAAAUCAAAGCGUUUAGAUU